AUGGGAUACACAUAUGGUUCCGUUAAGCUUUUGACGAGGAACGAGGCCGAAUUCUCAGGAAGGGCCGAUCACCCGGGGGCAAGCUCGUCAAACCCACAAGGCGAAGCUAGACCACAAGGGGGAGCUACUGGAGCCAAUACCCAGGAGCCCAACGUGGGCGAACGAUCAUACUCUGAGGGAGGCGAUCCAAAUAUAUACAAUCAAGGGCAACUCGUGGACAUGCUAGAGAGGCUCGGGGUGGACCUGCGACCUAUGCCUCGCCCAUCGUACAUGAAACCAUAUCCAGACUGGAUCGACAAGUUAUAUCCUUUCCCAAGGGGGUAUAAAGUGCCGGAGUUUAGUCUAUUUUCAGGCGAGGAGAAGGGGCAAUCUACGGUUGAACAUGUCGCCCGGUUUUCGGCCCAAUGCGGCGAAGCAGCUGCUCACGAUUUCUGGAAGCUCCGGCUUUUCGUCAGCUCCUUGACAAAAAUGGCGUUUACGUGGUACUCUAGAUUGUCGCCCAAUUCGGUGGACACGUGGAAGGACCUCGAAAUCCUCUUCCAUGAGGAGUUUUACAGGGCACCACCUGACGUCACCCUGGCCGACCUCGCCCGAAUCUCGCAGCUACCGAGCGAAUCGGCAGAAAAAGGGAUGAGUUUCGCCAUGAGGGAUCAUUUCGAGGGCCAUAGGUUUCGUGACUUGUUCGAGCUAACGAACAUGGUGACGAGCUACGAAAGACUCCUCCAGGAGAAAGAACAGAGGAGAGGCGCUUCUAAAGGGACCUAUUACAAAGACCAGCUUGACGUGGCCGUGGUGUCCGACAGUGAGGAUAGCGGUUCCGAAGAUGAAGAGUAUUCGUUCGACCUGACCAAAGCGGACGACAUAUUUGAUGCCUUGUUGAAGGAUGGACAGAUCGCCUUAAGCGAAGGUCAUGCAAUUCCACCGUCGGAGGAGCUGGUCGGUAAAGAUUAUUGCAAGUACCACAAUUCCUGGAGGCACAGCACGAACAAUUGCGUAAAUUUCAGAAACGUGAUCCAGAAGGCGAUUAACGAAGGAAAACUUCUGUUCCCAACGAAGAAAGAGGCCGAUGCUAAAUACGUGUCUAUUAACACCGUUCGGCCCCACUUUGAUAGCUACCUAGAGCAAGGGUAG